AUGACAUUCCCUCUAAUAUACCAUAGGUCAUCUUCUCUAUCUCAUGAGCUUAGACUCCUGUAUGACCAAAUUUUCACAGCACUACCACAGACACCUCAUUUUAACCCACUUGGAAACCUAAGUAGUGACAAUUUCAAAGAAGGGAUAAAACUAGGUUAUGAUAUAUCUUUCAUAAACCUAGUUAUGAAAUUCGGUGAUUUUGUUGAUCUGAAUACUUUUCUGCUUUCUGAUGUAGAGAGUUAUACUAAAGAGUUUAAGGAGUUUGAAGAAAUGGGUUAUGAUGUAUCUAAAUUGAGAAACAGAUUUAAUCAACUGAAUAUAAAAGCUGAACAAGAUAAAGAAUUGAAAAACGCAAUGGAGAAAUUAGAAGAAGAGGAUAAACACAGAAAAGCGAAAAUUGAAAGCCAACAACAUGUUUACGGGAAUUAUUCGAAGAGACUUAAGGGUUCAAGAGGGAAUAAAAACCCAGAAAUCAGAGAUUGA